AUGUCAAAGGACUGUCCUUUUUACCUGGUCUAUGGUCAAGAGCCUGUGUUGCCUGGCGAUUCUCGUCGUCCGUUUAUGGAUCCUUUAACUGAGGAAGACCCUGAAUUGAUUGCUGAAGAUGUUCUUGCUCGCAUUCGUGAUCUCAAGGAAAAGCGAUUUGAGGCCAAGGAACAGAUGAUACUACAGGCUCGCAAGGACAAGGAACGAUGGGAUGCUGCGCUCAAGAGCAACAAGGCCCAAAUUUUUGAGGUGGGGGAUUAUGUCAUGUUGAGGCAUGAAUCCAAGAAGGGUUUGGAGUUCAAUUGGAUGGGUCCAUAUGUAUUUUUGAAAACAAAUUUGGAUUACAACAUCUACCAAAUUCAAGAAAUCGAAGGAAAAGUCUACAACUCCUGGGUUCACACGGAUCGUCUCCAUUCUGUCCAGUAUGAUGGUGCCAAACCCCAAAAAUCUUGGUAUAUUCCUCGUGUUGCUAGAGCAAAAUAG